UAUAAAUCUAGGCCAAGAUGGAAGGUAAACAAGAAGUACCAGAAGAUCAAAAUGUUACAACUACUAAUGAAAAUAACCCUGAUGCUUCUAGCUCAUUCAAACCCACAUUUGAAAAUGGACAGUUGUCAUACUUAGGAUUUGAUAUUGAGACAUUACCAGCUAAACUAGUUGAAGACUAUUGUAACAUUACAUCACGGCUUGAUCUAAGUUUUAACCAGCUGAAAAAUCUUUCUGGUCUUGAGCACUUCAAAUUUUUGAAAGAACUGGUGCUUGACAAUAAUGAGCUCGAUGAUACUGUUGUUUUUCCUUGCCUUAAAGAUCUACACACGUUGACCAUCAACAAAAAUAAGAUCCGUGAUCUCUACAAAUUGGUAGAUCAACUUGUCUCUUGUUUCCCUAAUUUGACGUACCUGAGUUUACUUGGAAAUGAAGCCUGUCCCAAUCAGCUUUCUUCUAAUGAAAAAGAUGAAGAGGACUAUCAAAGAUACAGAUAUUACGUUGUGUACAAAAUUCCUGGCUUAAAGUUUUUGGAUUCCUCUCAAGUCACAGCGUCAGAAGUUCAAGAAGCCAAACGCGUGGGUCCGUACCAGCAGAUAGUCAGGCCGAAAGAUAAUUUAGAGGAUUCAGAUUCCCUAAACUCUGGAUCCCCCACUGUACCAUAUAGUCCAUUACCUUCUGAAAGUCAAAAAGAAAACAUAGACCACCAAGGCACCUUUGGGAAGACCAAAUAUAUUUAUUAUGGCCGCCAUAGUGAAGGCAACCGGUUCAUUAGAAACAAAGAUUUAUGAGCGGCCUCCCCUAACCCCUGCUGAUGUUUUUUUUACCUCGGUCCCUGUCAUUGACGGCUAGUACCAGACCCACAGACCAACCCUCAUUGUUUUUAUCUUUCUCUGAUAAAACCUGAAGCAUCGAGGACAAUUUUAAAAAAAAAAUUGUUGAGUAACUUUAUUACUCUAUUUAAGAUCGAAAUGUUAAAAAUACAUUCAGAAUAUUGUAUUGUAACUUUGUGUUCAUUUAUCAUAUAAAGAUAAAACAGCCAGUCUUUUGUGUGUUAAAGUUAAAUUUUUGUGUUUUAGAAACAUUUGAAUACCUACAUUAAUUAAAGAGGAUAAUAGUGUAUAAAAAAUAAAAAGUUGAAAUAAAUAUUUAAAAAAAUAAAAAUUGUAAUUGAUUCUCAGAGAAAAAAAAUGUAUAAUGUUGUACAAACAUUUUUAGAAGGGUAAACUUAAAAAUUCAGUAAUUCAUUAAUUAAGAUCUUCAUCUUAUCCAAGAAUUUUUGCUAGGCUAAGAGCUAAUUGGUGUUGCUACAUGUCUGAGCAGAGUUGUGAUUGUCUUUCACCAUUGUUUUAUUUCCUAAUGGUUUGUUAGUGUUGACGCCAUGUACACCAGUUAACCACCAUGUUAAGGUAUAUUGUUAAAAAGAACUGCUGGUGUUGCUGUGUAUACCAGUCUCAGCAGUAAGGUUUUGUUUGUGUGCUCCCAUUUUUUACACCUAGUCACAGAUUUUUUCAGAUUUUUUUUUGUAAUCAUCCUAAAUCCCACUAUCCUAGAAUUAUUUCACCUUUUAAAAUUCCAUUUAUCUUGCAAUUUAUGUUUAAAAAUCCAUUAACUGUUGUAGAAUAAUUGUCAGUGGGUUUAACCAACACAUUUUUAAAUUGAAAAAUCUAGAUUAAAUCACUUUUUAAUAUGUAACUCGUUAGUUAAAAAAACAAAUAUUACCCCCAAAUAUAUUUCUUUUCUAACUAUACUGAAUCAAUAAUUGUUACAGAAUAAAAUUUCUGUCUUCCCUCAAUGUAAAGUGGCAUGUCUGAUACAUUAAUUAAAGUAAUUUAAAGAAUAUUGGAGUUUUUUUAUAAAAAGAUUUUACUCUUGUUGAAAGAUAAAACUUUAAAAAAAAGUUGUUUUGUUCGUACCUGGCUGGUCAGUGCUGAGGUUUUAUACUUAACAUUUUUUGUGCUGUAAAUAUACAAACACUGUAAUAUAUUAGGAUAACAAAAUUUUCUUAAUUUUACCCCUUUUGUAACCUAUUUUUUUUUUGGCUUGUUGUUUUGAUCCAUGUGAAGCUGACAUAUUUCUUUAUAUCACCCAGUUAUUAUUAGAUCAUUGAAAGCGUUGAUUGUAGCUUAAAUAAUGUGGUUUGCUGAGCUCAAUAACUGAUUAGGGGGUUGUCUAUAAUUGAUGUCUCAUAAUAAGCAGCAUUAUCAAACAUCUCAAAAAGCCACACCCCAUCAUAUUGAUCUAUGCUCUGACCAUCAUCACACCUCCAUCAUUAGAUCUGGGACCAUUAAUUAUGGAUGACCCCUUACUGUGAAAAGUUGAGAUUUAUUAGUUACCUUUAAACAGUUGUUGGUAUUUUUUCCAUGAAUAUUUUCUUGUGUUCUUGAAUGUAAGUAUUUAUUUAUGUAAACUCUUUUGACACUGAUUUUACAGUAUACUUACAAGGUAAAUUAACGUUUACAUUAACUACAUAGAUAAGGUUUUUUUAUCAACAAAUUUCCUUGGACUUAGUUGACCCUUGACCUGCAUGCCAGACUUGACCUAUCAAUCAUUCACAUUACCUCCCCUUAUUGGUGAAGCUCAAAUGAUGAGUUAUGUCAGCUGGCUGUUGCAAUGAAUGAUGAGUUAUGUCCCAUGUUUGUUUCAGGCUACUGGGGACAAAACAGAACCAAAUAUCUGGGACGUAAUUCAGAAGGCAAUAGGUUUAUAACAGAUGGGAUAUUGUGAUGCCUUUUCGUUGCAUUGUCCCAUAGAGUUGUAUUUAGACUAUUGUAUCCAGCCUGUUAAUCCAUUGGUAUUAUCUUUGAUAUAAUCUUUGUUAUAAUGCUAUGUGAUUUUAUUUUGUGUGGGGUCAUUUGUUUGAUGCUGAUGAGAUGUAAGUGUCAGACAAGUCUAGUCACUGUACACUUUCAAUGUUGCUACACAUUCAGAUGUGUACACGUGCAAAUUUAUAGACAUUCAAUCACUGUACACAUUCAGACACUGCACACACAACAGUUGUACACAUGUACACAUUUAAGAUGUGUAGGCUUACACAUUCAGACAUUUUACAUAUUCAGCACUUAUAACGCUUGUACACAUGCAACACAUGUACACAUUCAGUCAAUGUAUGCAUUCAAGAUGUGUAUACAUUCACACAUUUUAGACAUUUACACAUUAGGCAAACAUUGUUUGAAAAGAAAUGUUAAAAGUGGAAGUUACCAAUCUCUGUGUUUUAUUAUGUUUAAUCAUCUUAAGUCAGUGUUUUAACAUGUAAAAGUAAUUAGUGUGUUUUAACUUUUCAACUUGUUACAAUUAGUGCUGUGUCGGCAUUUUAACAUGUUAAAACUAUCACUAAGUAGGUAUUUUAACAUGUUAAAACUAGCACUAAGUAGGUAUUUUAACAUGUUAAAACUAGCUCUAAGUAGAUAUUUUAACAUGUUAAAAUCACUACCAAUAGGCUACUGCUGUGUUAACAUAUGAAUUUGUUCAAACUUAGAUAUUAUGUUCAUGUAAAUAUUAUGUUGAGAAAUGAAUUGUUACAUUGUAUGAGCAUGUUAACGGUACAUUCUAUGCUAUAAAUAACCCCUCCAUCAUUUCUGAAAGAUAGGUUUGAAUCAUUUCUAUUUAAACAUGGGGCCUUGACCCACAUCCUAAUGAUGACAUCAUUGCUGUGUACAAUCUGAUCUCAUAACAUAAAUAAAACAUUAUCUUUUCUUUUUAUCUUUCUUACCCAACUUUGCUCUCUAGCUUUCAUGAAGAGUUAUCUUUGUUUCAGCAUAUUAUUUUGAGAGUGAUGGCCCCUAGUCAAAAUAAACAUAUCUUUACGGUUUUUCUAUUUUUUAAUAAAGAGUAUGCUGGUUUUUUUUUAAAUAGAAAUUUUGUGGAAUCUUGCUAGGAAAGAAAAUAAAUUGGUGAAAUAUUUUUAUUG